AUGGAAGAUUGUUGGCUGCCCGAAGAGGUUCAGGAUGCACCGCCCCUUAACCCGGAAGAACAAGAAGUUAUGCGGAAAUUAGCAGAUGGAAUCCAAGGCACAUCAAUCUCACAAGAUCCGAUGGAUCCCGGCUCUCCCACAAUUCGACUAUUGAAACGCAAAGCGGAGUCUCCUGACCCAAGCACCGCCGGAAACCGCCCAAAGGCAACACGAAGAUCACCGGCUUUCGAGCUUCAGAACACGAUCAGCAAACAGCAGAUGAACAUUCAAUUGUUAGAUCAGCAGCUAACGGAGGCGAACGACAAGCUGGCUAAGAUGGAGCGGGAAAUACAGCAACUUAAAAACGACAAUGCUGGCUUGCUAGGGAAAGUUACCCAAUAUCAUACUCUACUUCCGGUGCUUCAAAGGAUGCAAAUUGGGCUUGAGAAGAGUAGC